CAACCAUCCGCCAACCGCCCUCGACGCCCACCACCGCUUCGCCAGCUUGCGCGAAUCUUGCCCGACCGCGUGGGAGAGAACCAGCCGCCGUAUGCUGUCUCCCACUCCUGUUCGAAACCUCCAACCCCAUCGAACAGCAACGCUAGCCUCACCGCAUCCGGCCCCUGCCACGUCCACCGCCGCCCCGCCCUCGCGGCCUGGCUUGCUAGCACCACGCCUGCGACUUUUGCUCCCAUGGCCCUCGAUCGACUGAUCCACGACCUCGAAUACUGCCUGCGAGGGCUCGCCUGAGCCUUCUACCAGGACCGCCUCUUCCGCCAUGUCCGGCCGCAAGCUCGGCGGAGGCAGAGUCCUCGGCAGCGGCAAGGGCCUUGCUCCGGCGGCUCCCUCACCAACAGGAGCCAACCGUACUACGAGCCCAGCUCCGCCCUCAUCCUCGAACGGCCGUCGUCAUGUUGCGCCCUCGCCGCCCGGCUCUGUCACCUCUGUUGGCACUCAGAAUCCACUUCCCGGCUUCGCAAACGACCUACACUCAGCUGUCAGCUUGGGCGCUGCUGGCCCUAGCAAUGGGGGAUCCUCAGCUUCCAAGCUUGUCUGUCCGAUCUGCGAGGAAGAGAUGCUUACUCUGCUCCAGCUGAACCGACAUAUAGACGACAAUCACCAGGAGCUUGCUCCCGUCGAGCAGGAUGAGGUUAAGACUUGGUUCGACAAGCAGGUCCUCAAGGCGAAGCGCUUCCAGCCAUUGUCCGUCAUCAACCAGAAGCUGCGAGGGCUUGAAGUUUUCGAGUCAAACGAAGCCCCGCCGUCAAUAGCGGCUCCGGCCAGUACGAUGCACAAUAGAGCUCCCGCACCGAUCGCCGAGAUGCCGUUCGACCCUGACGACAUUAUUACCAAAUCUCACUGGCAACGGUCAGGGCCGAAUGACCUUUGUACGGACCCAGCUUGUGGCAAGAGAUUAGGGGCUGUCAACGGCAACAUCAACUGCAGGAGCUGUGGCCGGCUGUUUUGUGAAGAGCACACCAUGUACCAGAUGAAGCUGUCGAGAGCGGCCAAGCAUGAGCCUGUCAGGGGCCACUGGUAUCGUGUCUGCGAGACCUGCUACAAGUCACGAGAGGGCUACAACGACCACAGUGGCUUGCUGAGAGACCACACCAAGGAGUUCGAUGCGAUCAGACGCAAAAAGGUCGACAAGCAAACCCUGGAGAUCUCACGGCUGGAGAAGCGACUGUCGAAGCUUACCUCUCUGCUGGUCAACCCGCCAGAACACAUCUCGGGAGGUCCUGGCGGUGGUGGCAAUUUGCUUUCGUCAGUGACGUCCCUAUCUGCACAGCGCAACAACCAGCGCAAGGCCAUCGAACAGUCUGUCGUCACAUGGGAGGAUGAUGCGAAGGUGGCCAGGUGCCCAUUCUGCCAGCAAGAGUUCGGAUCAUGGACGUUUAGACGACACCACUGCCGAAUGUGUGGCCGCGUUGUAUGCGCUGAUCCUCAGACUGGCUGCUCGUCUGAGGUGGGCUUGAACGUGGCCAACCCCGCCGUGCCUACGACGGAGAAGCCAGGCGCUGUUGCUGGUGCGGUCAGCGUGGACAUUCGAAUGUGUCAAGACUGCAAAUCUACCCUUUUCGCCAAGAGGGACUUUGAGCAGGCCACGAUGCAGAAACCGGCAGACCAGCGCGCAUACGAGACACUGCGACAGUUUGAAAGGGGCAUCCAGCAGAUCUUGCCCAACUUCCAGCGCGCAUUGUUACCACUCCAGGACGAGAACAAUCCACCAAGCUCCGCUCAGAUACAAGAGGCUUCCAAGCUGCGAAAACGUCUGACAGACAGCUUCACCAAGUACGAUGUUGCUGCCAGACGAAUACGAGACAUGAAGACCGACAGUCCGACGCAGAAGGCGCUGCAGAAGUCGAUUUAUGCUGCUGCGUCCACCUUUCUGCACAUGCACAUGUUGCCACUGAAGAACCUGCCUCGAAUGCUCAAGACAAAUGCUUCUGCAAAUGCCCGAGGCAGAUUGCUGCCAACAAGCCACGUCUCAAGCCCGCUGCGGAAUAAUAGUGAUUUCAUGGAGACGGCCAGCCAGACAAGCGAGUCGAGCACAGUCGUUUCAGCUCUAGAGAGUGAAGAGAAGGAUCUGAAAGAGCGACUGAUUGUGCUUGAAGAGCAACGAUAUCUCGUGCAGACCAUGAUCGACAACUCGCAAGGAGCGAGGAGGUUUGAAGAGGUGAGCGCUCUGACUCGCAACAUUGAGGAGCUUGACCGCGAGAUCAAGAGUUUGAAGGGAAAAGUCUCGGGCGUGGAGGACAGGUGGCAGACGCUGUAUGCGAAUGGUGGGCCUGGUAGUGGGUAGUUUCGCAGUGAGAUAUGGUGAAGUGGUACUUUGCGGAUUCGUAUCCGUCGUUGACAUCAAGCAGCAUUGCAAGGCGUUUUGGGGGCUAUAUUCUUGAAAUUACCUGAAAGAAGCAUAACGCCGUAAGGGCAGCCACAAGCUUUAAGAAUUGGUAAUAAUUGAUCAAAUGACAUCCUAUUUUCAGAGUCGCAUAUGCCGGUGACAAGUCGAUCUGCCCGUUGUACGCGCUUUUACGCCUGUCAUCCUCUGUACC